AUGCUGGACUUCGACCUUUUAGAGCAGAUCACCAUUAUACGCCAGACUCUGGCCCCAUUGCAGCUUAGCAGAUGGCAACUAUUCAAGCUAAUGAUUGCUAGCAUCCUACGCAGCACGUCCACCCUAGUCUUGGUGCUCUCCGCAAUCACGGCACUGAUUCCCGUGCUGCUGGUUUGGAGACUAUGGACCGGAAAUUCCGAGUUAGAUAGGCUUGGGAUUCCACGGGUGGGGGGCAGCAAACAGCACCGAAAGGAUUUCAGGCGCUUGGUGGAAGAAGGACACCACCGAUAUCCUAAUUCGCCCUAUGUGAUUCGAACCCAGGGGCUGCAAUACGUGGUAUUCCCACCGGAGUCAUUUGACGAAAUCAAAAAGCUCCCUCCACACAUUGCCUCGGCACAGGACUUCUUCGUCAAGACGUACUUUGGCCACUAUACCACCGCCGGAACUGAGACCCCGGCUUUGCUGAAGGCUAUCAGCAUUGACCUGGCUCGAAGCAUCCCCUUUACAGUGGUCUCUCGACAGGAGGAUGCAAAAGCCGCGGCAGAUGACGUUCUGGGAUCCUGCCCCGAGUGGAAGGAAGUGAAACUGUUUCCAGCUGUCACCAGGAUGAUUGCAAUGACCAAUGCAUGCACAUUGGUGGGAAGGCAUCUUGCCCGCAGCGAUGGCUGGGUGAAGCUAGUCAGCAAAUUUCCAUUCGAGGUCAUGGCCGGAACCUUUGUUAUCAGUGGCUUUCCCCGUUUGAUCCAGCCCAUACUCGCGCCGCUGAUUUUUCUGCCGGCCAUUAUCACCAAAUGGCGCAUGAAAUGGUCGCUGCGCGGGGUCAUCAAGCGGGAUAUGCAUGAAUUCCUCACCACCUCGGACAAGAAGACAGUUUUGAAAUUGAAGGAAAACGGCAAGGUUCCCUUCACUGCGUCGCUCAUGACGAGAUACAAACCAGAAGAGGCCACUCUGGAUCAAUUGCUCCAGGACUACGUCACGGUCUCAUUCGAGUCCACUCCUUCAAGCACGGCAGCUCUGUACCUCAUCCUGAUGGAGUUGGCAACACGACCCCAGUUGGUCGAGAUCCUGCGCCAGGAAUUACGGGAAGUCCUGGUGGAUGGGAAGUUACCAAAAACGCAUCUUGCGGAACUUCGGAAGAUGGAUAGUGUGAUGCGGGAAUCUGCUAGAGCAAAUCCAUUCAGUCUCCUUGGUCUAUACCGUCUUCUACGAGUACCGACCAAGCUCUCCACGGGCCCAGUCCUACCGGCCGGAACUCUGAUUUGCGUGGACGUGCAUCACAUCCAUGGCUCCGAGGAACUGUGGACCAAGCCUGAGGAGUUUCAUGGGCUCCGUUAUUAUGACAACCGCAAGGAACCAGGCAAGGAAAAUAAGUAUCAAUUCGUCAGCACUGGCGCAGAUUCGCCCGGUUGGGGCGAUGGGGCCAUGGCUUGUCCCGGUCGGCUAUUUGCUAAUAGCACCAUCAAGAUCGCCUUGGCUCAUUUGAUCAUGCACUACGACUUUAAGUUUCGGGAUGGGGAAGGGAAACCUCUAAAGACAUCACUUCCCAAUGGCUCGUGGAACCCCGGGUUGGAUGUCAAGCUCAUGUUCAAAUCAAGAAAGUGGGAUGCCUAG